GUACAAAUAUGACCAUAUUCCUAUAUUUCUGCAUUCUGCUCUUUUUCAUCUGUUCUUCUGCCACUGAGCACAAUAAGACUACGGAACUUUUUGACAAAAAUGUCAAAGUAAUUCCAGAAACAUUGGGAGAUACAAUCAUAGAGGUCUUGUUUGUUGACAGUCAGAUUUCUGUCAUACCAAAAGGAGCAUUUUCCAAAAUCCCUCAGCUAAAGACAAUAAAUUUUCUAAAGACACUUACAUCUUCUAUAGAAGAAGGUGCAUUUGAAGGUUUAGAUCAUCUGGAUACCAUUGAAAUUUCAGGUACCAAUGUGUCAUCUCUACCUGUUGGUGUUUUUAAAGAUCUGACCAACCUUCAGAAAUUGAUUAUGAAAUCGAACAAAAUUCAGAAGCUAGAAAAUGGACUGUUUCAUGAUACCAAGAACCUUGCAACACUCCGGUUGCAGGAAAACCAGAUUUCAACAAUUGAAGAGGGAACAUUCGAUUACUCAGGGAAUCUCACGGAGCUUAAUCUUGCAAAGAACAAUCUUACUUCCAUCUCGUCAACCCUUUUUUCAAAGCUCAAUAAACUGAGAAUAUUUAAGUUGCAUGAGAACCACCUGACAUCAAUGCCUGAGGGAAUUUUUAAUAAUUUACCAAAUCUGAAGGAAAUCUCCAUACAUACCAACAGAAUUACACACAUACAACCAAAUUUGUUUCCACAUAAAAAAACACUGACAACACUAUUAUUAGACAACAAUCUCUUGACUAACCUAUCACCUGAUCUAUUUCUGGGUUUCACUUUACUUAAAAAGUUAACACUGAAUCACAAUCACCUCACCGCUCUCGAUCCUCUUCUUUUCACAGAAACGCUUAACAUGAAUCAAUUAUUUCUAAACAACAACAAUAUCACGUCCUUACCUGCUGGGAUUUUUCAGUCACUGAAGCAGCUUAAGAAAUUAGACCUGUCCUCAAAUCAGUUUUCAGAUCUUUCAAAUUUAUUUGUUGGACUUGAGAAACUUACGGAGCUCAAUCUUCAGAAUAAUCUCAUUGAAUCACUGAAGUCUGAAGACUUUGCAAAACUACAAUCCCUUUCUUCCAUUAAACUGGAUAACAAUAAGCUAAGAUUCAUUCCACAAGACAUCUUUGGUUCUCUGCCAAAACUGAAGAAGAUAUAUUUGAACAACAACACAUGGCACUGUGACUGUAACCUGCUGCCCAUGUACAAGUGGAUGAUUAAAAAUAUGGAAAAGAUAAAGUCUUCUUUUAAUGAGGUUUGCGAGUACCCAGAGGAUUUGAAAGGCCAACCACUCACCUCCUUAAAUGAAGCCCAACUGAUAUGUCCCACAACAAUUGUUCCAACAACUCUGUUACCAACCACAACUACCUUAUUAAUAACUACCGCAUUUGUAGCCACUACAGUUACAGAUACAACUUUACCACUUAUAACAACACAAAUCACCACUCAAACAACAGUCACCACUAAAUCCCCAACCACCACAAUAGUAACCACUCAGCCUACAACUGUACAACCCACUACUUCCCCUUCUACAACAGCUCUUAUGACAACAGUCACCACUCCAUCCCCAACCACCACAAUAGAAACCACUCAGCCUACAACUAUACAACCCACUACUUCCCCUUCUACAACAGCUCUUAUGACAACAGUCACCACUCCAUCCCCAACCACCACAAUAGAAACCACUCAGCCUACAACUAUACAACCCACUACUUCCCCUUCUACAACAGCUCUUAUGACAACAGUCACCACUCCAUCCCCAACCACCACAAUAGAAACCACUCAGCCUACAGCUAUACAACCCACUACUUCCCCUUCUACAACAGCUCUUAUGACAACAGUCACCACUCCAUCCCCAACCACCACAAUAGUAACCACUCAGCCUACAACUGUACAACCCACUACUUCCCCUUCUACAACAGAUCUUAUGACAACAGUCACCACUCCAUCCCCAACCACCACAAUAGAAACCACUCAGCCUACAACUAUACAACCCACUACUUCCCCUUCUACAACAGCUCUUAUGACAACAGUCACCACUCCAUCCCCAACCACCACAAUAGAAACCACUCAGCCUACAACCACACUCACCACAACUUGCCCAUCUACAACAGAAUUCCUUACAACCACUGCAACUUCAACUACAGUUUCCACUACUAUAGCAACAACAACGCCACUGACUACUCGAACCACAGAACAAACUACUACAUCUACAGCAUUAACAACUACACUUGCUACACCCUCUACCACACUCAGGACAUUUGUGAGUACUAGUUUCUCCACCUUUCAGCCGCAAUAUCCUGGGUUAUUUUCUUGCUCCCUAGCAGACAGAGCAUCAUCAUGUAUGACCUUGUUAAUUUUCUACACAACAUUGUUGGCAAUAGAAAUCUGCUGUACAGCGGUACUUGCCAAAUUCACAUACACACUUUAUUGUUUGCUCAAAGAAAGAGAAAAGCAUUAUUGUACUAUCAGCCUCACACACUUUUCUUACACUAAAUCUAUUACACUCAGACCACUCCAAGAAACAGAGUCUGUGGCUCUAUGACACUGUGGUUAUAUGAGAAUUCUUGGACUUUUAUAUAAUUUGUAGUUACAACCUAAAACCAAAUCCAUCUAAUUGGGGGAGGGGGUGGGGUUUGUUGAAGAUUGGUGUCAGUAUAGUUUGCAAAAUAGAUUAUGCCUUCAUGCUACCACUAACACUGCUUCACUGACAGCCUCCACAAGGCAAGUUAUUUCUAAACUACAUAGAGUUUUCAUUCAUUUUAAAUACUAUUUAUUGUUUUUGUGUCCCUAUCAGAGCCAGAAAGAGAGAGAGAGAGAGAGAGAGAGAGAGAGAGAGAGACUUUAAUUCACCAUUAGAAUAAAACCUGUGGUACGCUUAGCUUUUUUUUUGUAAUAAUGUAAAAACCAUAUAUGUAUAUUAUAUCGCCUAAGUACUGUAUGUGACCUCCUGACAGUCACACUCAUGUAUGGGUCGUCCCCAGUUAUCUAGAAAGUUAAGCUUUAAGAUCUUCUUUCACCUGAAUUAUGCUUUAAAAUCAAAUUUGAACUGAUUUGAAUGAUCAAACCCAUGACAAUGCUCCUGUGACAAUGCACCUGUGCACAAAUCAACCUCCAUGAACACGUGGUUUGCCAAGACUUGAGCGAAAGAUCUCGAGAAGCCUGCACAGAGCCCUGACCUUCAUCCCACUGAACACCUUUUGAAUGAACUGGAAUACUGACAGCACCUGGAAUAACUGACCACACUAAUGUUUUUGUGGUUAAAGGAGCAGAAAUCUAAAAAAAAAUAAAAAAAUAAAAAAAAGCCAUUCUUCGAUAUCCAGAGAAAAGCUCUAGAAGAGUUUGGGUUGUUAUAACAGCAAACAGGAGACCAACUUUGUAAUAGGAUAUUCUACAGCUAUAUAUGGGUAUGAUCAUCUUGUGUUCACAUACUGUACAUUUGGCCACUACAUUGACUGUCCAUCCUGUUCUGCAUGAUUGUUCUAGAUUGUUUUGUUACCAUACAAAUCACAGUAUAUGUAACUCUAAAAUGUUUAGAUUUUAUAGAAUUUGUUAACACUUAAAAGCAUACAAUGUAAUGGAUUUGUCUGUGGUUUAUAAUAUCUGUAUUGUCACCAUUCAAGUACAAUACAAUUGUGUAUCCUAAAUAUACAGUACUGAGCCAAACAUCUGUACCGUGACCUAAGCACCAUAAUUUUAAUAUUAUAUUAUCAUUGGUGCAUGUUGGUGUCAUUAAAUAAAUUAACAUGAGUCAUUUAAUCCUUUCAAA